AUGGCCUACUCAUCACUGCUGUUAGAUCAAGUGCUUUCUCACAUCCACGAGCGUACAUCGCAACAGGAGUUUAGAAGAGUGGAGGCAAUGCAGAUCCUAAACUCGUUAACCUCGUUCUUAGCAUCUUUCGAGGGUGAAAAUAACGCCCUGCAAACUCUUUCGAAUAGUUCCCUAGCAAUAUGCAGAAGUGCUAUGCUGGAAGUCCUGGAAUUCGGAUCUAAGGUUGAGCCACUGGAUAAUGAGUACUCUGUGGGGGUCAUCGAGGAGAGGUCAGGCUCCUAUUCAUGCUGCACCGUUCAGCUGGAGGAGGGCCGUACUGAUGAGCUGAUCAAGGAUGCAAAGGAUGUCCUGCUGAGCUGCGGGGGUCAUUGGCUGGAGGAGAGGUCAGGCUCCUAUUCAUGCUGCACCGUUCAGCUGGAGGAGGGCCGUACUGACGAGCUGAUCAAGGAUGCAAAGGAUGUCCUGCUGAGCUGUGGGGGUCAUUGGCUGGAGGAGAGGUCAGGCUCCUAUUCAUGCUGCACAGUUCAGCUGGAGGGCCAUACUGACGAGCUGAUCAAGGAUGCAAAGGAUGUCCUGCUGAGCUGCGGGGGGUCAUUGGCUGGAGGAGAGGUUAGGCUCCUAUUAAUGCUGCACCGUUCAGCUGGAUGA